AUGGUGAUACAAGCAGCACCAGGUCCCAAACCAGGACCAAACGGACCUAAUCGGCCAUCGCCAGUUGCAAGCAUAGCCAAGAUCGCCUCUUUGAAACGUUUCGACAACAGAGACUACGCCCUUGAACUACUCCACGAUGUCGCUAAGGCUGUGGGUCCGUUGAUGCACCACUUCAACUUUAAGCUUGGAAUGCUCUGUGAAAUGUAUCCUAAGAACCCCCAGUUAUUGGGGUUGAAUGUUAACCAUGGACAGAAGAUUUUGCUUCGUCUCCGGCCGCCUUACGCAGAGCACUCUUUCUAUCCAAUGUCUGAUCUCAUAGGCACCAUGCUUCAUGAGCUUGCGCACAAUGUUCAUGGACCUCAUGAUGCGAAGUUUUAUGCGCUUUUGGACGAGUUAACCAGUAAAUAUGAGGCUAGAGACUUUGAUGCUAGCAACUACGUGUGUGAGGAAAACACUCUCGGAAGAGGAUAUGGUCUCGGUCAAAGUACGAGCAGUAUUCGACAAAAACGACUCGAGGCACUCUCCAAAGGUAAGUACAAGGCAGAGCUGCGGAAGUUGGGAGGAGCGAAAGUUCUGCCUGGUCAGAUGAGAGAAGCGAUGUUAAGAGCGGCAGAACAACGUAUUAAGGACUCGAAAUGGUGCCCACUGGGUGAGGGUAUCAUAAACGUCGAAGAGCUAACUGCUGGACCUAAAUUGAAAGAGAGGGUGGAAGGUGGAAAUGUUGUACAGAAGUCGAAGAUGCAGCAGUUCAAGGAGGUGAUUGACUUGACGGAGGAGGAGCCCAAGGAGGGCGAUAAAGACGAACAUGUGGAUGUAAUCGAUGUUGAUGCCUGUGAGCAGAAUCCAUGGGAUAAGUUGCAACCAUCGUUGGCAGACGAUCCAAGUUUUGGGACUGGACAUUUCGGGCUGGGAAAUUUUCGUUUGGACAGUGGGUUUGGCUUGAACAGCAGCUUUGGAAGUGGUGGGAGUGAUCUGUCGCCAGUUAUUUACCGGGUGUCGAGUUCGCCUGGUAAAACCUUCAUUGGCGAUGAGCUACAGUAUCCACGUCGAAAGAUGGUGGCGGAUAUGGACUUUGAUCAUAUCAUUCAAUGUAAUUUGAUUGGUAAAACCAAGUCCGUUCUGCCUUCGACAGAGGUAGAAUCGACUGCAGGUGAGAAGAAGGACAAGAAAGAAAAGGUAAAGAAUAAGAAGAAAUCUGGAGGUAGUAAGAAGAAACUGGAAGUUGGAGAAGUCAGCGUGGGUGCUAAUGCGAAGAUUGAAAGUUCUGCGCCCGUUGAUGCUUCAAUUGGGAGCGAACCAGGCCUCCCCGCUUCUAAUUCAUUUCCAACCGAAUCUUCAGACUCUCUGGUGAAGAGAUCACACAAGACCGGAGAUAAAGCACCCACUCAGAAGAAAAAAAAGUCGAAAUCGAAAUCGAAAGCGAAGUCUAAGUCUCAGGUAGAAUCCGAGCUGGCACAACGAACGAAAGAGGUUCGUGCUAUAUCAUUUGAGGAGCUUCUUCAAGGUUCAGGAUGA